AUGUACUCUAUCAAGCAAAUCUUCCUUGUCCUUUCCCUCAUCUCUUUGGCUUCUGCCAAGAAGGGAGUCUCCACUCGUAAGGCCGUCGAGGUCGAGGCACACAGAGGCCUCAAGAAGAGCAGUUCUUCCAAGAAGAGCGGCAGUUCAGGUGGCUUUGUCGCCCCCAAUCGUGGUGGAACCGGAGGCAUCGUCGGUGGAAGCGUUUCCGGCGGAGGUGGAGUCAACCGUGACGGAACCCCCGCUGGAACUUUGCUCCAGCCUCCCGGCAAGCCAUGUGUGCCAUUUGAGGAUGCCAGCAAGUUUCUCAGUGCUGAAUACCCAGGUGAUGCUCAGUGUCGUACCGCAGAUGCCCCCAUGGGAGCCACUUCUGCCUGUUGCCGUGUGUUCUCCUUCACGGAUGCUAACGGACCACAAAGGUGGUUGCUUUACGACACGAACAACCAGUACAGAGAUCUUUUGUGCGUCUGUAACGCAAACACCGGCGCUGCAAGCAACCCCGUCAUCAGCGUCCCAACUGGUGGUGACAGAGGAGGUGCUAUUGCUCCUCCUGUAGCGUCUCCUAUUUCUGUCCCUGUAUCUGCUCCUGUAGUCCCACCAACACCACCAGGUCGUUCCGUCUGCGAAAACCCCAACCCAACCCAACUUGAUCUCCAAAGCCGACCUGGUAUGACUGCUUGCGUGUCCAGUGAUACUUGCGGAAGCGGCAGAUGCUGUUCAAGCAACACCUGUGUCUGUAUGCCACAAAGCUUCCUUGGAAACGCUUACUGUGCUUAA